GUUUUUAGAUAACGAAUCCUAUACCUGUAUUGCAUUAUAGAGAAUUAACCCUUUAAGGGAGCUGCACUGAGUAUAGUUACAGCGAUAUCGUUUUGAUCUUUGUAUUCAUAUGGUUCAUUCUGUUACUGCUUACUCAGCUGGACAUAGCAAGGUCUAUUUUACCCUGACGUAUGAUAAGGAGUGUCAUUCUUUAGAAGUGAAACAUCACUACAUCUGAUCUGAACAUAGGAAGCAUUUCUCUUAUACCUUUAACUCAGAGCAGUUGUGCAGUGAGAACUUUCACACGCUCGGACUACGCACACAUUUACUGCCCAUGCUUACACUUACUGUCACCUUUAUCUUGAAAUUGUUCCUCCUGUUUUCACUGUUACCUUUAAAUAAUUCUGGAACUCUAACUUCAUGUCUCUAAACCCUGCCUAUCCAGAUGGGAAGUGACCCUUUUGUGGUACAAUUGUCUGUUACAGAAUUAAACGCAAACUGUUUUUGAAACUCAAAGCUGCUUAAUCGGAAAAAGCAAGAACAAUUCUAAGCAGGAGACAUGCCUCUCGAGGGUGUAGAGCCUAAAGAGGGAGACUUGAUAGAAUUUUUUCGCCCUGUUUAUCAGCACUGGGGUAUUUAUGUUGGGAGAGGUUGUGUUGUUCAUUUAACAGAUCAGGAAGGCGUCUCUUCCCUUUCUUCAGCACUUGGUGGCACAGCUGUAGUGAAAAUGGAACAUCUGGAUGCGGUUGCCGCUGGUUGCACUUAUAAAGUCAAUAACAAAUAUGAUCAGAAACUAACGCCAUUGCCACGAGCAAAGGUGGUGCGGGCAGCACUGGACCAAGUGGGCGAGACAAAGAUAUAUAGUAUCUUCAGUGCCAACUGUGAGCAUUUUGUGACGGAAUUAAGAUAUGGAGAAUCAUUCUGUGAACAGGUUGAUAAUGCCAAGACAGCUGCUACAGUUGGAGGAGGGAUAGCUCUAGCCGUGGGUGUAUUUGCAGCAUUUUCUACAAUGAGGAAUAAGCAGAAGCAGUAAAGUGCAAUCAUCUCACCUUGGAGAACUGUUCCUAAAGAAAUCAAAUUCUGCCUUAAUACUGUUAUUGUCACUUCUUGUGGAGUUGUUCUCAAACUUGGCAUAAUAAAGUUACCCUGAUGCCAA